AUGGCUAAUAUGCAAAAUCUUGUAGAAAGAUUGGAGAAAGCAGUGGGCCGCUUGGAGGCUGUAUCCCAAGUCUCCGACAUGCACCGUGGACAUGGAGACAGUUCUUCAAAAGCAGGAGUAGCUCCACAUGUACAGGCAUUUGACUCGUUGCUUGCCGGUCCAGUGGCAGAGUACCUGAAGAUCAGUAAAGAGAUUGGAGGAGAUGUGCAGAAACAUGCAGAGAUGGUCCACACAGGUCUGAAGUUGGAACGAGCUCUCCUGGUUACAGCCUCUCAGUGCCAGCAACCAACAAGCAAUAAACUUUCUGAAUUGUUGACACCCAUCUCAGAGCAGAUCCAAGAAGUGAUAACUUUUCGGGAGAAGAACCGAGGCAGCAAGUUGUUCAAUCACCUGUCAGCUAUCAGCGAAAGCAUCCAAGCCCUGGGUUGGGUAGCUAUGGCUCCCAAGCCUGGUCCCUACGUGAAAGAACUGAAUGACGCUGCCACAUUUUAUACAAACCGAGUCCUCAAGGAGUACAAAGAUGUGGAUAAGAAGCAUGUGGACUGGGUCAAAGCUUACUUGAGUAUAUGGACAGAACUGCAGGCUUACAUUAAGGAGUUCCAUACCACUGGACUGACCUGGAGUAAAACGGGGCCUGUAGCUAAAGAACUGAGUGGAUUGCCAUCUGGACCCUCCGCUGGAUCAGGUCCUCCUCCCCCCCCACCGGGCCCGCCUCCCCCACCAGUUCCCACCACUUCCGGCUCAGAGGACUCCGCUUCACGCUCAGCACUGUUUGCCCAGAUUAAUCAGGGGGAGAGCAUCACACAUGCCCUGAAACAUGUAUCUGAUGACAUGAAGACUCACAAAAACCCCGCCUUGAAAACUCAGACCGGUCCUGUUCGCAGUGGCCCCAAACCAUUCUCUGCACCUAAACCAGGAGUCAGUCCCUCACCCAAACCAGCUGCAAAGAAGGAGCCAGCUCUACUGGAACUGGAGGGCAAGAAGUGGAGAGUGGAAAAUCAAGAGAAUGUUUCCAACUUGGUGAUUGAGGAUACAGAGCUGAAACAGGUGGCUUACAUUUACAAGUGUACCAAUACAACAUUGCAAAUCAAGGGCAAAAUUAAUUCCAUUACACUUACUACACAGGUGGGCAAGCCACAGACAAAUCUGCCUCAAGAUGUCAAUUAA